CCGAGACAUCGAAGGUGCGCGAAAAUACAUACAAAGUGAGUUUUGAGGAAGUAACCUUUAUCUAGCCUUUCUCAUACGAACGAAUAACACAGGCUAUCAUUUAUUUAACUGACAUGGCUUUGUAAGAAGAAAUGCAAAGAUGCCGUUGCUGUAUGCAGUGAUAGCGCGCGGCACCACAGUCCUGGCUAAAUAUGCUAGCUGUGCUGGCAACUUCUCAGAAGUCACAGACCAAAUUCUUGCCAAAAUAACACCAGAGACUUCCAAGCUCACCUACUCUCAUGGAAGCUACCUGUUCCACUACGUCAUAGAUGAUAGACUGGUCUAUUUGUGCAUCACUGAUGAUGAUUUUGAAAGAUCAAGGGCAUUUCUGUUUCUUAAUGAAAUCAAGAAACGAUUUCAUUCUCAGUAUGGGGUUCGAGCUCAGACAGCCUUACCUUACGCCAUGAACAGCGAGUUCUCCAGAGUCAUAGCAUCCCAGAUGCGUUACUUCAGUGAGGACAGACCAGACCAUCUCACCAAGGUUCAGGAUCAAGUUGACGAGUUGAAAGGAAUAAUGGUCCGGAAUAUUGAUGCAAUAGCAGACCGAGGGGAGCGACUGGAGCUGUUGGUGGACAAGACAGACGAUCUCAGUACCAAUGCUGUGUCUUUCAAGAAGUCAAGUCGAAACUUGGCCCGAUCCCUGUGGUGGAAAAAUGUGAAAAUAACAGUAAUAAUAGCUGCUGUUGUGAUAGUGAUCAUAUACUUCAUCGUGUCAGCGUCGUGUGGAGGCCUCAGCUGGCCCAACUGCACAAAGUAAAAAUCUCACUUGCUUAACGAGGACAGAGUUAUGUCCCCUCCCUUUCAAGUUCAAGCAGGAGUUUGUAUGUUUAUUUGCACACUGUGUAUGCAACAAAUCUGUACAUCUUCACGGGAUGGAUUGAGAACUCCAGCAGUUUUAAUCACUGUUAAUAUGGCCCUCUCUCCAGUAUUAUUAACAAUGGCUGUUAGUCAUGCUGCAGUGUGCUGCUUCUUGAUGCAUUUCAAAAUUGUCAAGUUUUAGGUAUAAUAAGUUUUCUGACAUUGUGGGACAUGAGGAUAGAAUGCUUCUUCCACAAAGUGACAAGGAUUUGAAUUGGGCUCUAAGCGUGACAGCUUACACCAGGAAAGAUAAACUUUUGAUGGAGACAAAACUAACUUUGUAUCCACUGAUGGUCCACUGUGGGGAUCUUGGGCAGAAUAGGGCCACAGUACACCAUCCUUGUCAUAAGAGCUGGCUUAAAUGAGAAUCAAGGAUUUACAGUUGACAAAUUCUAUGUCACCAUGCCCCAAAUGAGUGGGAAAGCAAAGGGACUAUGUCAUAACCCAUAUGUUAUGAUUACCUUCACUGGAAAUAAAGUAGCUUUGCAAGUGUUGUAGGUCAGUGUUGAGGUAUAUUGUGAGUUACAUCAGGCUUUUCAGUAAAAUCCUUUUUUCAAUACAGUCCUGCACACCAAAGUGUACCAGACAAUCUGUCAAAAUGUUAACGGAGAAAAACUUUUCAAUUUUUCACCCGAGGCAAAAUCAACAAAUUUAUAAGAUAGACUGCAGCUAUUUUGGUCAUUCAAGCUGAACAGAAAAAGUGUUUGUUGAAUUGGAUCAAGUUAGUUUGUAUUUUUCAGUGUAAACUGUGCUAUGUUAUUAAGUUCCUUUGUUAAAUAUAUAGUGCUUUAUAAGCUGUACAUAUAUUCCAUGUUGUUUCAUAUGUUUCCACUAUUGUAAAUAUUAAUAUUAUACCUGGGUUUCAUUUCUCAGAGCAAUCUGGAGUCCAUGACUAUUGACAUUCCCAUGCUUGAAGACAGACUUCAAAUUGUCAUAGUGCUAGGAUUGCUGUGUGGAAUGGCGCCUUAAGCUGUAGUUUGUUUACUGUAGACAAAUAACACAUGCCUAUAUAUUUCUGGCAAUUGAGUUCAGAUUCAGUAAUAAGUUAAUGUUUGACCAAGGUGGCAUUUAAUUCCACCUUGACCAACCAUUUCAUAUGCUGCGGUGAUUUUAUUUAAAGACGAAACAAAUUUGGUUUCUGCUUUAGAGGAGUAACUGACCAUUUUUGUUAAACAACAUUUUUUAGGACAUCCAGUUUGUCCAGUGAACAUUUAUUUUUGGGGUGUAAAACCUAAGGCAAAAAUGUGUUUUCCUGUGUAUUCUGGUACAAAUACCGAGCCCCAGCCUCAGCCCCAGCCCCAGCCCCAGCCCCAGCCCCAGCCCCAGUGUAGUCAUGGGGAAUAUUAACAAUAAUCAUCUUGUCAAGAUAAGCAUUUACAAGAAUUCUUACUUGAGCUUAGAAGAAAAUCAUUGUAAUCAUUUUAGUGAGGAGGGAAAAAUUCAGAGUUGGACUUCAAUCAGUCAUGCUUGCAACUGGAGUUGUCAUAUUUGCAACAUAGUCUGUCAUGAUUGUGACGUUAUUAAAAGAUCUGGACUUCUUAGAAAAUCUGCUCUGUGCUUAAUUGAAUACUACUUUUUCAUUUUCAUUUUCAAUAACAUGUAAAUAAAGUGCAUGACUGCCAUGUUAUUUUAAAGAAAAUAUUUUGAUAAGUAGUCCUGCAAUGUUUUGAUCACAAAUGGCCCCUGAAACAAUAUCAGCAGAAGCUAACUGGCUCACUUGAAGGAGUUAAGAUGGAGGCCUGCUAUGUACAUGUUUGUUCAUCUCCCCACAUGUGCUUCAUGCUUCAUGUCCUGUGAGUGGGGCAGCAUGUUUUUUGGCUUUUCUAUCACAUUAAGCUGACAAGGAUAAAACUAAUGUCAUGCUAAGAGCGUUUUUGUACCCAUCUUACACACUAACUGGAGUAAGGUUCAUCUUUAUUCGCAAUAAUUGAUUAAUGGUCUGAUUGUGAAGUGUAAUGAGAUAAGAACAAUUUCACUUCUUUCAAGGUUGUUUUUUUAUAUGAAAUGUUGUUAGUGUUGAUAUGAUAUGCCAAGGACAAGACUUUUCAAAAUCAGCAAUCUAUGUUUCAUAAUUGUUUUCACCUUGUUAAAUUUGGUGUAGGUUCAUCAAUGAAAUAAUAAUGAUUGGUCUGGACCCUAUUCCACUGAGCAAUCGUAGUCCAAUGACAUUCGUAUGUCUAUGUUAUGGUAUAGGAGUUACUAUCACCUUAACAAUACACUUAAUGUAUGGAACAGAGCCCUGCUCUAAGUAUGAUAUUGGGGCACGGAUGGCCCAGUCAAUUAAAGCAUCGUAAUUCGCUAUGCAGAGUUGCAUCCUUUAGUUAUCUCAGAUUCCAAUGAUCAUGCAUUUGAGACCAAAUUUUUCAUGAAUUAUGGUUCUUUUUCUGUCAGUACCAUAUCUGUGUAUGUAGUUCUCACUAAAGUUCCAUAAUCGGUGUUACUUCCAACACACUGUGACAAUACAGAUUCUUUUUAAAGCAGCUUUAUAUCCCAACUCACUGAAUCAAUCACUCUCAAGUUGCAAUAGUGAAUAUUUCAUAUGUGAAUAUGGUUAGUUCAGCAGUUUCAGUUAUAAACAAGUAAUCUAGCCAAUGAAAUCUGGAUCAAGGAUAACAACUGGACUUAAAUUCAGCUUGUCCACACCUCAUGUUGUUCAAAUGACUAAAAUAACUAAACUUUGGAAGAAAAUGGUUUGUUCUGUGUCUAACUCGGCAUUUACAUUUACUCAGCAUUUUAUUUACAAGUAGUUAGGAAUUUCAUCCCCUUUUUUAAUGGAUGUUGACAGUUUCCCAAUAUGUGCAAAAAGUAAGAAAUCUUUAUUAAGAUAAGAGUAAACAUCUGUAUGUGUUAUAUUUGUUCUAUUAAUGGUAUCAGAUGCAGACACAGAAAACCAAGUGGUUACAGGCUCCACAAUUGUUAGUACAGUUAUGCCCCUUAGCCGCCUCAGACUCUGCUAUGUACCAAUGUAUGCUUGUCAUAAGAGUUGACUAAAGGGAUCAGUUGGCAUCCGGCAUUCUAACUAAAAGGGGGUUGUCACCCUCAAAUUAAUUGUUGAUAGCAUCAGAACAGAUUGGGGAACCCGUGAAGAUCCAGGUUAGAAUAGGUCUUCAGCAACCCAUGCUUGCCUUAAAAGGCGACUAUGUUUGUCGUAAGUAACAGGAUCGGGUGGUCAGGCUCAUUGACUUGGUUGAUGCAUGUCAUCGUAUCACAAUUGCGUAGAUCGAUGCACAUGAUGUCAAUCACUGGAUUGUCUGGUCCAGACUCGAUUACUUACAGACUUCUGUCAUACAGCUGGAAUAUAGCUGAGUGUGGCAUUGAAACAACAGGCAAGAAAAAACAAACGUAAGAGGUGACAAACAGGUUUGGAUAGUCGGUUUUGGUGACUUUGUUGAUGCAUGUCAUCCUAUAUCAAUGGCGUAGAUCAAUGCUCAUGAUGUACAUCACUGAAUUGUCUGGUCCAGACUUAUUUAGAGACCACCAUCAUACAGCUGAAAUAUUGCUGAGCGGGGCAUUAAAAAACCAAAUAUACAAACAUUAAAGUAGCAAUAAACCCAAGUUUUUAUUAUUAUCAAGUGUAUUGGACUGUAUCUUCGUCAGUUACAUACUUGAAGCAUCUUUGUGUGCAUAGGUAUUUGUUAAGUGGCAAAACAAAAGGCAUUGAUUGUAUUUAUAUAUACUGAUGAAGUCAGCCAGACAGUAAGGCUCUGUAACUAGAUUCUGACGCCCUGGUUUUGGUAUGUCCAUGCCAAAUUCUAUGAUUCUGUUUGUAAUGUGUAAACUUCACUAUUGUAAAUAACAACAUUCCUGUAUUGCUGCUUGUUAGUGAAAAUGUAAAUAAAUCACCGUAAUUUAUCAUCA